UCAUUAAAAAUGCCAAACAGGAGAGCUGAUAACCAUGAAAGCUGAGCUUUAGCCCAGGUUCUUGGUUAACUAAGUCAGCCUUUUUAUUAACCUUUGCUCAAAAGUUACAGAGUCCCAGUAAGAGAAGAGACGGGAAGCAAAAGGGAGAAGCUCAGUCCUGGUCAGAAGGGACAGAGAAUAGAAAAUGGCUUCCAGUCUCCCAACCCGUGUCUGCAAGCUAUCCAAGAAGGAAGGACAGAGUUUUGGAUUCUUUUUGCGAAUCGAACAAGGAAAAGAGGGACACCUAAUUCGUUGUAUUGAAAAGGGCGGUAUAGGAGAGAAGGCAGGACUCAAAGAUGGGGAUCGCAUUCUAAAAGUCAAUGAGACCUAUGUGGACCAGGAGGAACAUGCUAAGGUUGUAGAACUCGUUAGGAACAGUGGAAACUCUGUUACUUUCCUUGUACUGGCUGAGAAAGCAUAUGAAAAAGCAAAGAAGAAGGGAAUUAAAUUCCCAGAUGGAGGACAAAACAAGCCUUCAAACCAGACACAAGGGGAUAAAAGCAAGCCUUCAAAUCAGUCUCCAGAAGAACAAAGCAAACCAUCAAACCAAUCUCCCAUGCAGAAUGGAACGAUUGUGUCUGGACCAAAGCCACGACUCUGCUACCUUGUCAAAGAUGGAGGAUAUGGGUUUUCCCUUAAAACCUUGUCAGAGAAAAAGGGACUUUGCCUUGUUGAUGUGGCGCAGAAGAAGGUUGCUGACAAAGCUGGUGUCCAGGAGAAUGACCACCUGAUCGAAGUUAAUGGGCAGAAUGUGGAGACUGCAACGCAUGAGCAAGUGGUAGCAAAGAUAAAGGAAUCAGGGGACAGGCUGUUUCUGCUGGUAGCAGAUGGGGAAGUUGUCCAGUUUUAUGCCAACAAGAAGAUCAGAAUUAGAGGUGAAAUGGCCAGUGUGAAGCACCUACCAUUUCAGCCACGGGAAGUGGAGCUCAGUAAAGGAUCCGAUGGAUAUGGCUUCUUCCUGCGCUUGGAACGAGGACGAAAAGGUCACUUUAUCAAAGACAUUGAUCCUGGAACCCCAGCAGAAAAAGCAGGACUAAAGGAUGAUGAUCGAUUGGUGGCUGUUAAUGGAGACAAUGUAGAGUCCACUGAGCAUGAUGACGUAGUGGAGAAGAUCAGGAAGUGUGGUAAUAAAACGAAAUUACUUAUCGUGGAUAAGAAAGCUGAUGAGCUGUUUCAGAAGGCUGGCAUUUCUCCAAUGGUCUACUGGAAUGAAGUUCAAGAACCAAGCCCUGACUACGUGAUGACAGAAGUCCCACCAUAUCCCGAAGAAGAUCAAAUGAAAUACAAACCCAAACUCUGCUUUCUUGAGAAAAGCCCUGUUGGUUAUGGUUUCCAUAUGAAUGCUAUCCGAGGUACCUUAGGGCAAUUUAUUAAGGAGGUGAGUAAAGGAAGCCCUGCAGAGAAAGCUGGUCUAGAAGAUGAUGACAUUGUUGUGGAGGUGAAUGGCGUAAAUGUAGAGAAUAUGGCACACGAAGAUGCCGUGUUAGAAGUCAGGAAGACCAAGGGCAAACUGAGUAUGCUUGUGGCAAGCAAAGAUGCUUACAACUACUUCAAGGCAAAUAAGAUCCCCAUCACAGCUGCAUUAGCAGUAAAUCCAACAUCUGAUAUUGGCAAUGUCCCUGCAACUCCUCUCAGUGCUGCAAAUCCUGUCGCCAUAGCAACAGCUGCUGAAGGUCCUGCUGCACGUUCAGUUGCCCCUGCUGGCAUUGCUCCAGCCACAGAAGUGACUAAAACAGAAGACAUAAGCAACAAUGUAACUGAUCUUAAGAGAAAUGCUGGCAUCUGGGAGGAUGCUGAAACUGAAGAAGUAAGCAAAGUUCCAAAUGAACCACGUAGCAGAGCUGCUGAGAGGGAGGAUGUUGGUGCAGAAGAUGCAAGCAAUGAGCCAACUGAUCCCCAGAGCAGUGUUGCUGCAUGGAAGGCAGCAGUUGAAACAGAUAAUGAAAGUAGCAACUCACUUGAUCCAUAUAGUAGUGUCGCUGCCUUAGAUGCGAUUACUGACGAAGUAAUCGAAGAGCCACUUCUUCCCAGUCACAUGACCCCCUUAGAAAAAGACACAGUGGCUGACCAAAUCUCUGAUUCUCCUGCUCAGUCCAUAAGCCUCACCAGCAAUGUGACAACCUCAGAUGCUGAAAAACCAGUGCCAGAUACAAAUGAAAGCUCAGCACCUCCUAGUAGUUUGAAAGAGAAAUCAAAAGUGACAGACAUUCCAGAGAACAACAAAAACAUUCUAGAAGAAACAAAAGAGAAGAACACAUCGUCUGCAGAUGCUGCUGCGAUUGCAGCAGUAGCUGCUGCUGUUGCUGAUCACGAUGAUGACGAUGACAAAGACAAUGAUGACAACACCCAACUAUAAAGCAUCCUACGGCUCCAUUAGCCGUCAGUGUAUACCUCAUAGCAAUAGAUUUCCUGAUGUGACAGCCAUGUAUCUGUUCCUGUACAUGCUGAUAUCCACUGGGCUUCUCCUUUCAAAGAACAAUCUCAGGACAUUUAUUUCCUAGAAUGUCAUACAAUUUACAUCUUAUCAUCCUCUGAACAGGCAUCUCUCAUGUUGUAACACAUUGGAAAUAACAUUAGUAUGGUCUCAGUUGAUAAUGGAUGCACUUUAAUCAUCUUCACAAAACUGGUAAACCUCAGAA